CCGUUGUUAAGACACAAAAAGGUCCGCGAGAGUCAGCGGAAGCGUGUGAUUUCGAACUGGUCGUGUGUUAACACGUGUAACUUUUUGUCACCACCAAAUAAAGCCGAAAGACAAGACACCUUUAACGACAGCACGGUAGUAGGAUCACGUGUGUGUCCUUUUUGGUCCAAGUCAAUCCAGUCAGGAGUUGCACAAAGAUGGAAGACUGUUUGAUAGAAAACCAGACAACCUUUUACUCAAAGGCAGAACACUAUUGGAAGGAAGUCCCGCCCACCGUGGAUGGAAUUCUGGGAGGUUAUGGCAGUAUUUCCAGCAUCGACAUUAAUGGCUCCAAAAAGUUUCUUCAGAAAUUCCUUGGGGAAGGCCAGGGUAAGACUGGGACAGGCUGUGCUCUGGACUGUGGUGCUGGAAUUGGCCGUAUCACCAAGCGGCUGCUCAUGCCCCUCUUCCGUACAGUGGAUCUAGUGGACGUGACACAGGAGUUUCUGGAUAAAGCUCGUACCUAUCUGGGUGAGGAAGCCAAGCGAGUGGAGAACUACUUCUGCUGUGGCCUACAAGACUUUCAGCCCCAGCCAGAACGCUACGAUGUCAUAUGGAUCCAGUGGGUGAUCGGUCACUUGACCGAUGACCACCUGGUGGAAUUCCUGAGGCGUUGCCGGAGCGGUCUGCGUCCAGAUGGCCUGAUUGUGGUGAAGGAUAAUGUUGCGUAUGAAGGUGUAAUACCUGAUGAUGUAGACAGCAGCAUGUGUCGGGACCUGAAUGUACUACAUCGCCUAGUAGCCCGGGCCGGACUCAACAUCAUCUGUGAGGAGCAGCAGCAGAACUUCCCUGAGGAAAUCUAUCAGGUCCACACUCUAGCGCUCAGAUAGCUGCGAGCACUGAACGAGGGGGGUUUUAUGUGUUUCUUCAGAAGCCAAUAAUGUGAAAGCAAGUCAAGAUCAAUGUUAGCUACACAAGAAGCUACGUGUUACUGCCAAUGUGAUUACCGUAUUUAAAAAGAGGCACAAGACUUGGUGACCUUGGGAUUUUAAGCAGGGGAGUUUUCCUUGACGUCUAGAGUUUGUUAUAUGACAGAUAGGGCUCUUUGCUAUUAUGAAUCUGAAUGUAAAAGUGGCGAAUGGUAGUUUUUCAGAUAUUCAAACAGUGUCACACUCCAGUUUAUUCUCAGUUUGAAGUCUUCUGUCUGACUGGUUUCAUCACAGUGGAAAUAAAUAUGAUAGAAGCAAUCAAGAAAAAAUGUAGACCACACACACUGCUUCAUUUUAUUCAGGGGCUGUGCUGAAGACUCAAAAGGAUAGUUGAAAAAUUUAAAUUGUCACAAUCUCACAAUUUUUUUUCCAAACCUGUAUGACUGACUGACUUCUGGUGAACAUGAAAGAAAAUGAUGGUAAUUGAUGACUGAAUUGUCAUUUUGGGGUGAACUUACCUUUUUAAGACCGUUUAAUCAGUUUAGUUUGAGUCUAUGGCACUGAAUGGUGUGUGUAAAACCUUUUAAUAACUUAUAUGACUAUUUAAAAUCUACUAGUUAAUGUUACAUGUGUGAAUUUACAGCUGUUAACAGAAAACUCUUAUCUGAACCAUAUGCUGUAUUUUGCCUUGAAUAAACUAAUAUUUUGG